CCGCCGGUCGCCAUGACGACGAGGAAGCCAGGCGCAGGCAGGCCUCGCGUGGCGGGAGGGCCGCCUGGCGCGAGGCCGCGGCUGCUGUUCCUCAGGGAAGGAAAAGGCGAAGGAAGAAGAAGGCCGAGGAGGCCAUUGCCGGACGUGGGGCUGCCGGCAUGAGCAGCGAGGGCUGGGCCGAGUUUAAGAUGUCUUUCAAGAAGGAGACACCGUUAGCAAAUGCUGCAUUCUGGGCUGCAAGGAAAGGAAACUUGGCCCUCCUACAGCUGUUGUUGAACAGUGGGCGUGUUGAUGUGGACUGCAAAGAUAGUCUUGGUUCAACAGCGCUUAUGGUAGCAUCGUACUAUGGCCACAAAGAAUGUGUGCGAGAAUUGGUACUGCAAGGAGCUGAUAUUAAUCUUCAGAGAGAGACUGGUGCCACUGCCCUGUUCUUUGCUGCACAACAAGGCCACAAUGAUAUUGUGAAGUUACUCUUUGAGUAUGGAGCCUCCACAGAAUUUAAAACCAAAGAUGGAGGCACCGCUUUGUUAGCUGCUUGCCAAUAUGGACACAUGAGAGUAGUGGAAACAUUACUAAAGCACGGAGCCAACAUCCAUGAUCAGCUUUACGAUGGAGCUACUGCCCUUUUCUUGGCUGCUCAAGGAGGAUACCUGGACUUAAUUCGGUUAUUACUGUCUUCAGGAGCAAAGGUCAAUCAGCCAAGGCAGGAUGGGACAGCUCCAUUGUGGAUUGCCUCUCAGAUGGGUCACAGUGAGAUAGUGCGAGUAAUGCUACUCCGAGGGGCUGACCGAGAUGCAGCAAGAAGUGAUGGCACAACUCCUUUACUUAAAGCUGCAAACAAAGGAUAUAGUAGUGUUAUAGAAGAAUUGCUUAAAUUCUCCCCUUCACUGGGCUUACUGAAGGCAAGUACUGAGGAAAUCUUUCGGAUGCUCAGAACUCUAAUUCACUUAAUUCUAUUUUAUGGAUUCAGUGUAAUUUACUUCCAGAGUGGGACGACAGCUCUCCAUGCCGCAGUUCUUGGUGGUAGCGUUAAAGUGGUUGCACUACUCUUAGAAGCAGGAGCGGAUCCAUUCCUUAGAAACAAGAAAAAUGAGCUGCCUUCGGACCUCACGAAAAAUGAGCGCAUCCUGCGACUCCUGCAACCCAGGGAAAAGGACAGAAAAAGCUAGUACUCACUGCAUCUCAGGAGAGAACUGGAAGCUCCGGCCCAUACUAGCUCCCAAGCAAGUCUAGUAUUUUUUUCUGCAGAAAAUGGCAAUGUUUUGCUGAGACUCAAGCAUGUCCUGGCUCCUUCUCUUUGAAUGAGACCAGGAUUCCUCACGAAGUGGCACUGCUAAGGUCUUCCACUACUAAGUUCACCGGGUUUUUGUUGCUGGCUUUGGGACAGGGAAGAUUGGAUCCCCUAUUAUAGCUUUCCUGAGUAAUAGCCCUUACUGUACCAGAGAAGUCUCCCUCUUUGCAGUAAUCUUUGCAUAAAUCUCCUGGUGUAUCUGAAAAACCGUAGAGGUCUUUCUCCAGUGGCAUUUUGGCUAUUCCGAGCUCUAACCUUGUUUAUAAAAUAUUAUAGUGAUUAGGCUUGGUUUGGUGUGAAUUCUUCUUGUGCCAUACAGAUGGCAGCUUGAUCUCCCAUAAUGCUUUAAGGCUCUUUGUAGUAAUUACUCUGGCUGCCUUGUUUUGCUCAUUAGUAUCAUGAAGGAUUGCAUUCAGUUACUUGUAGCACUUCCUUGUAGAGACACUGGCAAAAAGGGAUACAUCAUUAAAAAGAGGACAAAAGUAGACAUAAAACUUUGCAUAUGCAGAUUUAGAAACAAUUACCUGAAUUCCCAAUUAAAAAUAAUAUCUAUCUCACUGUAAGGGGGAAAGUGUGGAACCGAGGUGACCUGUGUGCCUACUCACUCUGUUGUCCAGGUGCUAAAUCUUGAUGGGCAACUUUAAGGCCCAAAUGCUGCCUUUUCAUCGUUCUUGAUCAUCACACAGGGAGCGAAACUGGACAACCCUUCGAAUAGGGGGUAGCUUUCAAAAAAAUUACACUCUUUUAUAAAGUAGAAUGUAUGGCCACCCUUCUUGCUAAGCCACACUAUUUUACAGUACAGUAUAGUCAUAUUUUAUUAUGUAGCAACUAGAAUUCAUUUUAUUGUGAAAUCUUCUUUGUAAUUGACAUUCUUAUUUCUUUUGGUAAUCUCAGGUAACAUACUUAUUACAUAAUUGUGUUUUCCCACACUCCGCAUGUUUGUUAAUUCAAGUUAUGGUAUUUCACAAUUAUUCAGGGCAGUUUGGAUUAAGGAAAAAAUCAUCCUGUAUGAUUUAGCCCUUUCUGUUUUGAGUGCAAUACAAACAUAUCCUGGACUACAGAGGACUACUGGAUCUUUUCUGAACAAGCACAAGUCAUAGGCCAAUGAGCUUUACAAGCAGAAAAGGCAAAUGGUAAUCACAAUCAAAUUUCAGACAAAUUUAAGAGCAUUUACUUUAAUUCAAGGACUGAGUUCAGCUAAAUAGGCAAACACAUACAUUUCACAUACCCAGUAUUUUCCUUAUUUAAAAUUACGGGUUGCAUAUCCCCUAUCCAAAAAGCUUAGGGAUAGAAGUAUUCCAUAUUUCGGAUUUUGGAAUACUUGUAUUUGCAUAGGCGUACAUAAUGAGAUGUCAUAGAGAUAGACCCAAGCCUAAAUGCAAAAUUCAUUUAUGCUUCAUAUAUAGCUGGUAUACAGUCUGCUUUUUUUAAUACAUAAAUUGCAAAAUAUUUUGUGCAUGAAGCAACAUUUGUGUACAUUGAAUCAUCAGAAAGCAAAGAUACCAUCAUUAUUUCACCCAUCCAUGUGGACAAUUUUGGAUUUUAGUGUUGUUUGGAUUUCAAAAUACUGGAUAAGCGAUGCUUGAUCUGUACUACAAGCUUGCAAAAUCUGUAUUGUUCUUAAAAUUUAUUGGAUGUUUAGAGAAAAAAAUACUACCGGUGUUACAGAAUAGUGCUAAAGGAAUGGGUGCUAAAUUCAAUUGCCAGUCCCAACUAGAACAGACGAAUAGAAUACUUAGAAUUCGUAGAAGUAUUGACUUACCACUAGUCGAUUCAUUGUAUCUAUCUCUAGACCAGGCCUACACUACCUGUGGCCCUCCAGUUGUUUGGGCCUCCAAUUCCCAGAAGCUCUAGCCAACUUGUGCAAAGGCCAGGAAUUCUGAAAGUUUAAGUCCAAAGCACCUGGAGGACCACAGCUUGUGCAGGUCUGCCCUUGGAUUUAAGGAUUUGUGGGUGCCAGUUGAAGUGGCUACUGACGAUUGCUCAGUAAAGGAAAUGGUUAAGAAGAUCCAAUCUUUGAUCCAGUUUUCUGUUUCCUUUCCAACAGGAACAAAUCAAAUGCUGCUUGGAAGCCUACAAGCAGGAUUGGAAGGGAAUAGUGAUUUUCUACUGCUGCUCUCCAGCGACUGGUAUUAAGAGACAAACCAGUUUUCAAAAGUGACUUCUUUGAAGGGUCCAUGUUGGCCUGAGCAACAAGCCUGGUAACUAGAAAGUUACGUUUCCACGGUUUGUGGCAAACUACCCCAGUUCAGCAAGAUUUCGUUUAGCUGUAAUAGUGAAUAACCAGAUAACCUUAGCGUUUCUCUGAUUGGCUUUUUAAGAACAUCUUUGCCAGUGGACAUGUCAUGCCAGUUUCUGGAGAGCAGCAAUAGAUAGAUUUUUUUGCCAUUGUGUAAAGAAAUGUUUCCUUGUAUCUAUUGCCCAACAGUUUCAAUUUGUGACCUUGAGUUACAGUGUUUUUUUUUUUGUUUUUUUUUUUAAACCAAAACAACAGAUAACAGAUUUUCCUCCUCAAAGAUGCUUGGUCAUUUGGGUCAGCUUCAUCGCUUCCAACUCUGUGAAUAUUCUUUCGGUCCUGAGAUGACCCGAACAGGACACAAUUCCCUUAUGUUCCUAUAUUCACAUGUAUACCUUAUUAGUUAUAUGUAUUAUUCACCACAAGGGUGGAGUCAUAUUUUUUAUUUGACAUAAAAGUCAUGCUAGCCAUUUUUUAAAGUAUUGGGUUUUUUGUCAUUGUGCACAUCAUUUCUUUACCCAGAAGGUAAAAUGCCUUUUUUGUAGUCUGCCAGCUCAACAUACAGUGGAAUGAUUACACUCUUAUUUUAGCGAAUAAUUCAAAAUCAUGUUAUUUUUGUUCAGGAGUAUGGUUUAUUUUGAAGGACACUUGAUUUUAAGGAUUAUAGCUCUUCGGACUUAGAAAAGCAAGGGCCUCAUAUAUGCAAGUAAAGGAGGAAGUGAACAGGGCUUUCAUGAACUUCCGACACAGAAGCACUUUCGCUAAUAUGCUGAUGAUUUUUUUAUGUGAAAAAGGUAUGCUUGAGCACUUUGCUUCCCAGUUAGCAUGAGAUUAAAGAUGAAACAAAAUGGGUUAUUAAUGCUGUGAUAAAUAUAUUCAUUUAGUGAGGGAAGGAAUUAUGCCUGAAUGUUUUAGGCAGACUGGCAUAUAAUUUUAAAAUAUACUGUAUGUGAAAUCAUAAAACAUUUUGUCUUCAUUAAAUCUACUGUCUUAUGUACAAGCUGAGUGAAUUCUGAGGUACCCUUUUUUUCCUAAAAUAAAAAAUUGGACUACAAUUGCAAAUUUAGCUUGCAAAUUUUUCCUAAGAUGUUGGAUAAGAUAUUCAUUUGCAUUGGUAGGGAAGGAAAUUUUAUAGCUUUCAGAUUAUCUUCAGAUAGGGCUGGAAAAAGCUCUUUAUCUGAAACCCUGUGAAAAUUAAUUGACUGAGUAUAAAGACAAUAUUGGGCAGCAUCUAUUGUUUCUGCCUACUAGAGUUGAAUCAGUGGAAUGCACAUGUAACUUAUCAAGUUAACACUGAUUCAGUAGAUCUACUGUGGCUGGAAUUCACAAUUGGAUUUAGACCCCUUUGAACAAAUGACUUGGAGAGUAUUCUCGACAAACCAAGAUAAUAUAUUUCUUUGAUUAAUAGGAGUCCAGUGAUGGAAUAUGAAGUGAUAGCAAACUGGCUUAACUUCAAUAUAAAUAUGUAAUUGUAUGUGCAUUAUCUCAUGGUUCCUUUACAGGUAAGCCUGCAUCAUGAUUCAUGUCUAAAUUAAUAGUACUCUGGGAUUCCUCUUCCAAUAUUUUUCUUAAUAAAGCAUAGAGUUAAAUUUUGCUGCCGUGUACAAUAGAUGGGAAAUCUUAUCAUUUAUUUAUUUAUUUAUACCCUGCCUUUCUCCCUGUGCAGACUCAAGGCAGCUAACACUCCACACUAGGCAAGCUUAAAAGGUGCAAUACGAAAGUUAAAAAGCAAUUAAAUAAUAGCAGUGUGGUAAAAACAAAAUUAAAAUACAGUAGAUAUACUAAAAUGGCAUUUAAAAUUCAUAUUCCCCCAAAUUCCACCCACAGCACCUCCUGAAUUAAAAAAGAUAUCUAUGACUAGAUAUCUGUGGCAGAAAAAUCAGUCUCAACAACCACAGUACAACUAUUAUAACUUUUUCCAACAAGAAUAUAUGUGGUUGUUGUAUGUCUUUCGGGCUGUGUGGCCAUGUUCCAGAAGUAUUCUCUCCCGACGUUUCGCCCACAUCUAUGGCAGGCAUCCUCAGAGGUUGUGAGGUAUGGAUACCUCACAACCUCUGAGGAUGCCUGCCAUUGAUGUGGGCGAAACGUCGGGAGAGAAUACUUCUGGAACAUGGCCACACAGUCCGAAAGACAUACAACAACCCUGUGAUUCCAGUCAUGAAAGCCUUCGACAACACAAGAAUAGAUGUGUUUAUAUUUUUAAAAGGUAUGUAUGAAAGUAUUCAUUCAAGUACCUAGAUCUCCCAAAUUGACACGUCUGUAUUUCAUACUGAUAAAGCAUUGCUUUAAUUUCAGAAUGGUACAGUAUUGUUUUUGUUCAAAGUUUAACAAAAUAAUCUGAUGCCACAGAAAGUUUUGGAGUAAGACCCAGAAGCAUUACAUUCUAAUCCAAAAUCUGGCAUGAAUGAAUUUAAAACACUUAUAAAAAGAUAAAUGUCAAACUAAAAAUGAGGAAUAGUUUCUUUCUACUUCAAAUUACACAAAAUUAUUUUUAGCCAAUAUCAAAUGAAUUUGGAUCACAUAUACUUUUUCAAAUUCCGCACUUUCAUCUCCUUACAGUGGUUUAAGGUGUAAGCUGCUUCCACACUGGUCCUUUUUUGUUCUAUGUUGUCACUGUUCUUCCACUUUUCAAAGUGAACAUACCAUUUAAGUAUCAUGAUGUUUUAAAAUACUAUUACAUAUUCAUUUAAGUGCUAUUUCACUUUAAUAUCUAUUUUUAAAAGGCUACAACAUAUUCACACAAAAUAAAAUAGAAUGGGAAAAACUCAGAAGACUGACGGGAAAGCCUCUACAAUCCAGUAUUGCCAAAUUAGACAGGUAUUUUGAAACCUAGUUUUCAAAUUGCAGUACCCAACUUGUUCAGUCAAACUUCGUUAUGUAAAUGUUUUAAUUAUAUAUAUAUAUAUAUAUAUAUAUAUAUAUAUAUAUAUAUAUGUCAUCAGAAAAAGUAUUCUUGCACUUUUGAAAGCAUGAGUAAACAUUCAUGAAAUGCACUGCUAACAUGCUGAAGUGCAGAUACCUGGGAAUUAUUUGAUCUGCCUGCCCAUCUCACUAAGGAACUUCAGAAGAUACUAUCGUAUCAUUUUGUCCCUACUCUCCCAGGGAGAUUUCUACAGUUUUGAAAACAGAUAGAAAAAUUCAUGGGGAAAAUGCAAAGAAAAAAACAAAUCUGAUAACAAUAAUGAGUGAAGAAACAGUGGUUCAGAUUUCAAUGCCUACUGUGGAAGCUGCACAGAAACAGGACUUUUUUCUUUUAAAACUAUACCAGUGGAGAGGUUCAGAUAAUUGUAAAUCCCUUCGAUUGAACCCUAUUUGUAUUGUAAUGUUAGAACCGACUCUGUUUAUAGCAACUUAACCAAAGAUUACACAGAUGUAACAGUUUCAGUGGUACAUGUGCAUCAUAAGACGAAACUGAGUUCCUCUCCCUAGCAGCAUCUCUGUCUUUGCUUGGAAAGGAUUUGUAGUUUGUCUUUUUAAAGAAUUCUACAGGACUGUGGUCAUUAAACUAUGUACACUUUUGUUCUUUCAGUUCAGGUUGCUAUUCCAUGUUAUCAUUAAAAUGAAAAUAUUA